AUGGGUCAUAAUUAUUUAUUUCUUCAAUUCAACUCUAUUUUUCCCCGAUCAAAGUUUAUUCCGUCCUUACUUUUUCAAGAUUUCGUCUACUCUCCUCUAUUCUAUUUUCUGUACAUACUUUUUGGUUAUGUAUAUAUAGUUAAAAGGUACCAAACUAGGUUCUAA